UCUAACGGGUUGCGCAUUAUCCAGGAACUAGUCGUGUCUAUUGCCAAGUGCCGUGUCGUGUCGUGAGUCCUUUGUGGCGCUCGCAAAAACUACAACGCCUUACGAUCAACUUGGCCAACAGCAGCAGCAGCAGCCAGCCACGCCAGCUAUGUUUAGGCUAAGUAAUUGCACUUUGCUGCUGAUUGCAGCGUCCUGUUACCUGGUCUACUCUAGCCAAGCUAAAGCUUUGCAGGACGCAAACAAACUGGAUUUAGCAAAUCGCAUCAGCGGCAUCAGUGCCGUUUCUGCCCGAACCGCUGCUGCGGCGGAAGCACGCCACAAGCGUGCAAUGGGCGCCGAAUAUAAAGAGCUAAACGACAUCAUUGACGAGCUGGAGGAGAACAGUUUGGUGCAAAAGGCGAACGCGGCGGUGUCGCCAACUCAGUCGCAAGAAUUCGACCUGGAUAACAUGCCACCGUUGACCUACUACCUGCUGUUGCAAAAGCUCCGACAGCUGCAGAGCAGCGGCGAACCAGCGUAUCGCGUGCGCACGCCACGCCUUGGACGCAGCAUUGACUUUCAGCAGUUCUUGGGUAGCGGCAGAGGGGGCAGCGAGGAGGCAACCGGGGGGCAGUUUGUGUCGCGCAUGAUGAAGAAAUCGGUGCCAUUCAAGCCGCGCCUGGGCAAACGUGCUCAAGUGUGCGGUGGCGGAGAUUAAGCCAUGGCACUAACAGUAACAGUAUCAUCAAUGCGACUGGGACUACGAGGGCGGCAAGGACGAGCCCUUGCACAAGGUUGAGGCCAGCCAUUGGCGGUUUGCCAGCUCCACUUAAACUACUCACAUAACGCCCCAAAAUCGACGAUAGCAAAUAAUCUACUUAAUCGUAUUAAAUAUAUUUGUAUAGCUAGGCCCAAGUUCUGAGAGAAAACUUUGUAUACGCUAUAAAAUAUUUGUUUAAAUAAAUUGCAGACCCUUGAAAACUUUAA